GUAAAUUGCAACUAAGUGUCAGUGACUGCAGUGCAAUACUUCAAGUUUCCAGACAGACGAUAUACAACCGUAUGACAGCAUUCCAGAUCCCAAAACGAUGUGAGUUAUAUAGAAGUAUAGAUGACAAUGGCCUGGAUGAAGUGGUGAGAAACAUCAAGCAAGAAUUUCCCAAUGCUGGGCUGCGCAUGACAUUGGGAUUAUUGAGAAGUAGGAAAAUUUAUGCUGCACGAGACCAAGUCAUGAAAGCUCUUUGGAGGGUUGACCCUGUCGGAGUAUUUUCUAGAAGCCUUCGUCUCCAUGUAAUAGAAAGGCAUGAGUAUAGCAUCCACCUUCCAAUGCUACUCUGGCACAUUGAUGGUUAUCAUAAAUUGAUAAG